GUUUUCACGCGAAAUUGAUGCAACUAAUGUGUUGGAUACUGCAUUUUUUGGUUCCUGUUUAAUGUGAGUUUAUUUCUUUAUAAAUCUCGACCAUCUGUUGAAACCACAAUUCUAUAAACUACUCAGAGUUAUUGUAUUUAUAAGUCGUUUGCAUCAGAGGUUAAAUGUCACUAACAGCUGCUAAAUAUUUGACAGGAUCUCUGUGUUUAUAAGGUAAACAGCCAAGAUUUUAAUUUUCAAUAAAGGACAAAUUUAGAUGUUUUCAUCUCGGUCAACAACUGCUUUAUGAAAACUAAAUAUCGCCCAGCGUUGUUCUUUUCUUAACUGAAAAAACUGGUGCGUUUCAAUGUUAGAUGUUAACUUCAAAGAGAUUUAAUCUUCUAGUGGACGAACAAAUAGGCAGUGGAGGAGUUCAAUGUAACUCGUUGAGAGAUCAACUAUUUACAUCCGGAUAUUCAAUACUUGAAAACGAAUGUUAUAAUGACGACUCAUAUCACUCAACUAGCCUCCGUGUAUCAGGCAGCGCCUUCUACUGGCUCUCUACAAUGGUGUAAGGUCCCGUCUGAAAUGAACAUAACAAGUGUUAACGAUGAAACGUCAAUAGGUGGCGCUUUUGAUGAACUAGUACCAACUUUAUUAGAGUGCUUUGCUGUGGUGUUCAUCGGGUAUCUGGCUGGUCGCUUCCGUUUAAUCUCGGGGCCUGAGAUUAAAGGUUUGAGUGUCUUUACUUCUGAGUUUGCUCUUCCUCCUUUAAUCUUCCUUAACCUGGUGACCAUCAACUUGGGAAAUGUCAACUGGUCGUUCAUUGCCGGAAUAUUGUUGGGGAAAGUUGCAGUGUUUCUUUUGGUUGCAACAACAACAGUUGCCAUACACCGACCUAUUAACCUUGCAUUUGCAGGACUGUAUGCCAUAUUUUGCACACAAGGAAAUGAUUUUGGGUUAGCUUAUCCAAUAGUCUCUUCGCUUUAUGGACACAGACAUCCGAUGUAUGCUGGCUACCUAUAUCUGAUCGCUCCGAUCUCUCUCAUGAUUUUAAACCCAAUUGGAUUCCUUAUGAUGGAAAUUGAGCGUGUCCGUAGUGGGUCUAUCCAGGUAGCUGAUCACCGGUCAUCAAAAUGGCUGGUGGCCAAAAUGAUUCUAUCAGUGUUGUGGGAAAUCUUGAAAAAUCCAAACGUUUUCAUGACAAUACUCGGAAUUAUAGGGAAUUUUGUUUUCGCUGGAGAAUUACCUGCACUUAUUUAUGGAAUAUUACGGGUUUUGAGUUCUGCUUUUGCUGCUACAGUUCUGUUCUUACUUGGGUUUCGUGUGGUUGGUGCAGCGGCUAGCUUGGCCGGCUCAGGUCUUCUACUGCCUGGUGUGUUAUUAGCCGUGAGAAUGUUGGCCACUCCUUUAAUACUCUGUGCCGCUGUUAAACUACUUUGUACUAAGGCUUCUGACCAGGAUGAUCUGGUCAAUUAUGCGUUUCUUUAUGGCACUGUACCAACUGGUCCCGUUGUUCUUCUAUUUGCUGCUCAGUACGGACUUCCUACUGACAUGCUUGCAUCAACUAUGGUAGUGUGUACCUUUUUAAGUGGUCCACUGAUGUUUGUUUCGGCAAAGAUGAUUACGUUAAACUUCACAGGAGUUCUUUCGUACGCGGGCCAUUUAAAGGACACGUUGUUUUAUAUCAGUAUUAUUGGCGUUCUUGGAUGUGCUUGGGUGGCCAUCUUAUUCCUGCUCAGUGGACGAUGGAAGCGACCUCCCCACUUGGUUACUUUCUGUCUUGUGAUUAGUCAGGCUGUUAACAGCGCAGGAGUGUUGAUGUGGUCUGCGGUGAACAACAAUACAAUAUCAUCAAUUGUUUUCCAAGUAGCGAUGAUCACAGGAGGCCAACUAGCAUCUCGUCUUUGGACUGCCGUAUUAGCUAUAUCAUUAGUGCUGCUACAGCGCUACACUGUGACUUACUUAUUCAAACUAAUUCCUUAUUCGUUAGGUUUUGGUUUCGGGGUUCCCAUUGUAAUCCUGACGGCGUUACUCGUGACAACAGGCCUACAGAAUCACUUCCCACGAGUAAAUCAGAAUCUUCCAUUAUUUCUUUACGGGAAAAGCGAGGCUGUUGCUGCAUCUUGUACUCUGGCUAUUUGUUUGCUAACUACGACAUUAUGUCUAAUCUUGUACCAUCGAAAAUCUAAAUCAAAUUACUGCGCUCCAGGGACAUUUGGAAUCAAUAAUGAGGGUGUUGCAUCAAAUUUUCACUGGCUUGAAGAAGGAAAACUUCACGGAGAGCCAGCAAAAGAAGUUGGGUCGAGAAAUAAACAAGAAAAAGAUGAAGGCACCAACGAAAUGGUAAAUAACGCAAUGAACCCUGAGUUGAAGAAUCUUGAGCAUGAAGUACCUAUAAUUGAUAAUUUUGACGAAGAAGUACAACCAUCUGAAUCAAUGGUUUCUGAGAAAGCAAGUAUAUCUAUCAUCUUAGAAGAUCUAGAAAAUACAGGUUCUAACAGAACAGGCCCGACAUGGAUGAGAGCCGAAACAUCAUUUCAUAAAAGGAACCCCACUUACUUCAUCCCAGGUGUGGGAGGUAGACGUAAAAUCCCAUCUUCUGGAAAAAAGUCUAGCAGGUGGCGAAUUUUUCUGUCGACCAUUCAACGUAGUACUACGACAACCAGUAUGAGAGAUUUGCUUUCUGAUGCAGAAAGUAAUGGAAUCGAUAGCCCAAGUUCUUCAUUUCCUCCAUCAGAAACUUCUUCAACAGCAGAAAUAACCGAGAAGACCAAUAAAGAUCAGCAAAGCUUACGUCACGUCAUUCUUCUGACAUUAUUAAGCAUAUCUAUGACUGUGGGCCUAACGGUUAGUGUUUGGAAGUUAAUAGCAGAAACGCCCAGCGGGUUAUUCGUAGCAAUGGAGUUUUUAGAUGGUGUGCUCAACUUUGGUCAGGGAAUCUUUGCAUUUGCAGUAUUUGGUUUUGAUACGAAGGCUGUAGUUUUACCUGUAAUAAAAUGGAUUAGAAUUUUACGAAAAGGAACUCAAGGACCUGUACUUCCGCUUGAAGACCAACUUGACGAUGAUACUGCAUUUACAUGUUUUCAAUUUUUGACGUAUCAUUAUGAGAACUGCCUUCAAGAUCUUCCACGAGAUAAAUGCUUCAAGUCUAAGACAUACAAGUCAGUAUUCUGGGGAAAGGAGUUAGUUGAUUGGCUGAUCACUGUUGGACUGGCUAGAGGGCGGAAAGACGCCGAGCUGUAUGGACGCCGAUUGUUGAAUGGCCGAGUCAUAAAGCACGUCAACGAGCAGAUGCAUUUCAAAGAUGGUAUCUACUUGUAUGCGUUUAUACCACAAGUAGAGUAUUAAUGGAAAUAACACAGACACGUUGUAGUGCGAUUGAAACGAAUUCGAGAUUUGCUUUCGAUGAACCACACAUCACCAUAUGAUGUGCCAUAUGUGUUCGUCUCUAGACUAAAGCUUCAAGCUUAUUCAAGUGAUCAUAAACCAAAGAUUCGUGUUUUGGUUAGCUGGAUUCGACGUCGUACACAGCAUACUAGUCAAAUGUUUGUUGUAUGUCUCAUGUCAGUGGUGGGUGCGAAUUGGGUUUUUAAUUUAAGUAUGUAUUCAGCUGAAUGGUUUCUCUUUUUGCGUGCGCUUGUAAUUUGAACUAAACCUUAAAAAAUCGUAUGCAUGCUUCUUAGUGAGUAAAUCACUUCAGUAACUACUUCUAUCUGUGUCCUUUUCUCAUGUCCACGAAUUAAUAAAAUCAGUGACUUGCAUUAUGUAA